AUGCAAGAAGAAACUGGUUUCCUAAAAAAAUUAUGUGCUUGCGUUUGGCACCUUGAAAUUGAACCUGCUGAGUUUGAAGAAAGGUGGAACAAGGUGAUGAUUGAAUACCACUUGGAACAACAUGAAUGGUUAGGUUAUAUGUACAAGAUAAGAGACAAGUGGAUUCCGGUCUAUUUCAGAGAUGUGUUCCUUGGAGGAAUAAUGCGUACAACAUCAAGAUCCGAAAGUGAAAACAACUUUUUCUGCUCCUUUAUCAAUCCUCAUGUGUCACUUGUUGAGUUUUACUUGAGAUAUGAAGCUGCAAUUGAUGCCCAGAGACACACUCAAGGUCAGAUUGAUAAUGAUUCAAAGCACAAAUAUCCUGAGUGCAAAACACCACUAGGGAUAGAAAAGCAUGCCUCACAUUUAUAUACUAACUCUGUCUUUUAUGAUUUUCAAUACGAGAAAGAAAAUGAAUUGGAAGUUGCAACAGUAAGUGAAGGAAAUCGGACUAGAACAUUUGAUGUUGUGUUUAAUCCAACUAACUAUGACACCACAUGUUCUUGCAAGCUAUUUUAUAGGCAAGGAAUUCCAUGUAGACAUAAGAUUUGGGUUUGGAAAGCAAAAAGGUUUGAAACCAUUCCCGAGCAGUAUAUGCUACACAGGUGGACUACUAUGGCAUUAAAGAAACCAAUUUUUGACUUGGGAGGAAACCUGUUGGAGCAAUGUGCUAAUAUAAUAGACAAGAAAAAAUUGUUAAAUGAUUUAUGGUCAGAGAUACACACUUGUGUAAGUUUGGCAGAAGGCAAAGAUGAAGAUAUUCAAGACCUUGUGAUAAAUCUUCAAGGAAUAAGAAAGGAUUUGGAAGCAAAGAGGAUUGCAAGAAAUAAUGAAACAACAGCAGGAAGUGCAAAAAACAAAGAGCAAGACAUUGAGCUAUUGAUUGGAGCUAGUGUGCCAACUGAAAUAAUUGUCAAACCUCCAAAAGUUUCAAAGAAUAAAGGGACUGGAGUUCAUGUAUCAAAUGAAGAGACUUCAAAAAAGAAUGCGACUGAGAUUGAUGUGUCAAAUGUUGAAACAAGAGGUAGAAGUGCAAAAAGGUUUAAGGGAGAAAAAGAAAAGGCUAUAAAAUCUUAA